CCUGGAACGGGAUGACGUCAAAUACAAGAUGGAUGGAAUCACGGCUGCUGUGGGGACGACGCAACUCGGAAAACAAUAACAAAGAGAGAGAAAGAAAGAAAAACGGAGGAAGAGGGGGAAAAAAGACCACGGAAAGCGUUCGCGCGCUCUUUCCGGGGCUCGAGACGCGGGCCGUCAUGGAGAGCCUGGUGCACUACAGCAGCCCCGCCCAUGCCGUCUCGUUGCUCGGUGUGUUAAACGAGCAACGUCUGAAGGGCCAGUUCUGUGACGUGGUGCUGAUGGCGGGUGAACAUCGCUACCCGGCCCACAGGAGCGUCCUCGCUGCCAGCAGCGAGUAUUUCCACACUCUGUUCUCCAGGAGAGACUCAGAAACCCAAGAUGUGAUCCAGCUGGACUUCUGCGAACCCGAGGCGUUCGAGAUUGUCCUGAACUACAUCUAUUCGUCGUCCCUGUUUGUAGACAGAGGAAGCCUGGCAGUGAUACAGGAGCUGGGGUACAGUUUAGGCAUCCCUUUCCUGACUAAUAUCAUGUCCACCAGACCUCAGGUGUCUUACUGCGUGACCCGAAAGAGGUUGUGCUUUCCUGAAGAGGAUGAUGGUUCAUUUACAAAAAGGAGCGUUAUCGUACAUCAAGGUGGCGUGGGCGUCGCCCAUAGAGGGAAUGCAGUUCCCCAUGGAAAAGCGUCCAGGCACACGUCAGAGGAGACCGGGUUGGGUCUCGAUUAUCGUCUGUCCGGAUAUGUUAAACCAACAGAAAUGGGGAUGAAUCUUAGCAAAAGUGCUCCCAAAGAGAUAGAGGACGAAUCAAAAUCCAUCAUUCCGUCUUUGCCGUCCAUCCUCAAGGGCCGUGUCGAGUACAGAUCGCUGUCGGCGAGGCCGCAGCUGACCUCUUCGGUGUCUUUCAGCGAAACCAUACAGCACUUAAACUCUGAUCCUGCUGAUGACCCGACAGAGGAGGUGAAACCCGAACACGCGUACGAUCCCAAGUCGGUCUCUGGAACGCAGCAGGGAGCACAUAACCAAACCGUAGACCGGAGCGGGCCACUUAUUAAAAGCCUGCUUCGUAGAUCCUUAUCCAUGGACAGUCCGGUUCCUGUUUUCUCUCCAGUUUUGGAGCUCAAGGACUCUCAGAGCAGGGAGCAGUCUGUUGCAAAAUCAGACAUGAACUCGGUAGAGUCGCUGUCGUCCGGGAGCAAGCAUCAGUUACCGCAGCUUGUUCUCAGGUCCAGACAGCAUAACGUGAUGGCCAGCGAAGACAAAGAGGCUCAGGGAGAGGACAGAGUGACGGUCAAAACCGAGGCCACUAGCCCAUUGGCCGAUCCUUCUGAAAUCAUACGGGUCACUGUCGAGGACAGUCUGCCUGUCAACUUUAAAGAUUUCCAGGCUAACUUUGACGAAAGUCCUCGAGGAUACUUCAGUCCUCCUGUGAAAAGGAGGUUACCGUUGGACGGUAAUUCGAACAUGUUUAAGCGAUCCAAAGUUUUGAACGAACACCAGUUCACGGAUGAGGACGGCGUGGCCGACGAGUCGCCUCGCAACAUGGACGAUCAGGAACCCGCGGAAUUGAGGCCGACGAAGAUGUUUAAAUGCUGGAGCUGCAUGAAGGUGUUCAGGUCAAACGCAGGGCUUUACCGUCACGUGAACAUGUACCAUAACCCGGAGAAGCCGUACGCAUGCGACAUCUGUCAUAAGCGCUUUCAUACGAACUUCAAAGUGUGGACGCACUGCCAGACCCAGCACGGCGUGGUCCAGAACCCGGCGGCUUCUUCCAGCUCCUACUCUGUGCUGGACGAGAAGUUCCAGAGGAAACUCAUAGACAUCGUGCGAGAGCGGGAGAUAAAGAAAGCCUUGAUCAUGAAGCUCAGGAGAAACAAGCAGGGCCAUCAAGCUCAGCCGUUUGCCAAGAAAAGCCGGAGAUCGAGGUCUUACGGAUGUCCCUAUUGCGGGAAAAUGUUCUUCUUCCAGUCGCAUUUCAAACUGCACAUGAAAGGACACACUGCUGAGAGAGCUAGCAUGGACGCGCAAGACGAGGAAGGUCUCCGUGAGCAGCAGGAGCAAAAGGGACAAGUCAAGGAGAACCAGGACAAAGAAUUUUUCCCCUGCCGGCUCUGCAACGUGAAACUGUUCUCCCUGAGCGAGCUGGAGGACCACGAGAGAGCGUGUCGCUAUGCAACCGUCUGUCCUUACUGUGGCCUCAGGUUCUCCAACACGCUGGUUAAAAAGGAUCACGAGGCUCACUGCAAGUACAAAAAGCUGACCUGCCUCGAGUGCAUGCGCACUUUUAAAUCCUCGUUCAGCAUUUGGCGCCAUCAGGUCGAAGUUCACAACCAGAACAUGAUGACCGUCAGGGAGCAGCUGACCUUCGGGUACCACAACGUUAACCAAGAGACGGAGGAACUUCCCAGAGCACCACCGCCUCCUAAAGAGGUGAUGAGAGAUGACGCGACGUACGGCGACUCUGAGGACUCGUCCUCUUACCUCCCAGAGGAUCUGAGCUCGACUCAUAAUCAGGGCAAGCUCAUUGUAAAAGAAGAACCGCAGGAGGAACCUGUGACGGACCGAGAACCCUCAGCUCCCGAGGAACCAGGCGGGCGGCCGUGCGAGAAAUGCGGCAAAUUCUUAGGCUCUCACAAAGCCCUCGAGCGCCACCAGGAGCUACUCUGCCACAUCAAGCCCUUCAUCUGCCACAUUUGCCACAAAGCGUUUCGGACCAACUUCCGCCUCUGGAGCCACUAUCAGUCCCACAUGUCGUCGUCCGAAGAGCCAGUGAGCAGACAGACGGACAGACCGCCAUGUUCUCCUCCUCCGUCUCCGACUCCUCUUAACAUCUCCGCACAAGAGCCUCUGUCCUCACAAGCGUCUCCACCAAAAUCAGGUCAAACCGAAGGGAAGGUCCCAGAGGAGGAGCCUCGAACCCUCACGGCUUCUCUGUCAAAAUCUGAAAGAGCGGAGCAGGAAAAGUCAGGCGGAGAUUUCUCCCGUUCCAGGUCGGACACCACUGAAAAUCCAGCAACUUCUUCUCAGGAAUCAGACACGCUCUUUUAUCACGCGCCGACGCUGUCUGCUCUGACGUUUAAGAGGCAGUACAUGUGCAAACUCUGCCACAGGACCUUCAAGACUGCCUUCAGUCUGUGGAGUCACGAGCAGAGCCAUAGUCACGUCUGAACAUCAGUCAUUUACACUAAAAUCUGUUCAAGGAGCGAGUCUCCUUCAACCCAGACAUAACCAGUCUGCUGUGAUGUGUGUGUGAUUUUAAGUUAAACAAAAUUUAGAGGCGGGGCUUGGGCAGGGGAUCCAAGAUGGCGGCACGCGUAAACAGUGUUUGAGUAUUCAGCUGCACGGUUUAUAGAUUCGGGUCUAAAGAAGGGAAUGUCGCACCCUGAUCACAUCUUGAUUGCGUUUGGGUUGCCAGGGACGAUGAUAUUCCCCCUACACAUGUACAGGAUGUUUAUCCAUAUACGUAUACAACACUUACUUUGAGGUUUUUUUUUUAAAAUACUUUCUGGUGCAUCAGUGAACAGUGUGUACACAGAUGUUACAGAUGUCUUAUUUCUCAUUCCUGAUUAUCAUCUCCUCAUCCACAAUGAUACAAAUCUGCUUCUAAGAAUCUGCAAUAAGUCUGUUAAAGUGCUUUGCGUCCGAGUUACGCUUGUUACUCGUCUCCGUGGCCUUUUCUCCUCUUUUGUGUUGAUGGAAGUGGAAGAUGAUCAGAAAGGCACAACAAACCCAGACCCAAAGACUGCAGUGUUCAGGAUGGGACGUCUUUUUUUUUCUUUCCCCUCUCCCCAUUCUGCAAUUAUGUACUGUAGGGUAUAUUUAUUUUGUAUUACGUUUAUACAAUCUAUUACCCACGACCUGUCUGAGUGACGGAGCUUUCGGCCAUGACUUUGCUUGAAAAUCCAAAACCGAGAUGUUUUGGGUUGCCUUACUACAAGUACAUCGUACGAGGUGCGAUCAAAAAGUUCCGAGGUUGUUCCUGUUGCGAACGAAGAGCAGCAGGAGCUAGCGGUAACUUUUGUGAGUUUGUAUGCCGCUCUGUCAACAAAUAUCAGGACCUGUUUAACAAAUGUUUUUGCGACGACGAGUGCACCAACCUGGAAGUGCAUCAGCAAACGUACAGCAAUGAAGCAAUGAGCCGGGUGAGGUGCGAGAUGGGGCGUGGUGUUGUGUAGCGUUCACGCUUCAAGAGGGGCAGAAGUCAGGACCAUCCAACAAUCCUGACGCUCACAAUUUCUUCGACCUUUUCUGCGUUCCUGAUUUCCUGAUUUUGACACAGAAUUUGAUGUUUACUCUCUGCAUAAAAUCGCAAACGUGUAUGUGCACGUUGUCGCAAAAACGUGCGUAACACAGGUUCCGAUGCUGACAGCGCAAUGUCAUGCGGUAUACUGACUCAUAAAAGUUGCUACUCGCUUCUGCUGCAUGUGCAUGAGCAUAGCGCACUCUCUUCUUUUCAACAAGAACAGAAUCACAACUUUUUGAUCACACUUUCUAUCCAGAAAAUAACAAAAGUCAUUUCAUGCUGGUGUUUAAACUUUAUUCGGUGAACAAGUAUUAUUAUCAUUAUUAUUAUUAUUAUUAUUAUUAUUAUUAACAGCAUAUUCUUCAUUCGGAUGAAGAACUGCAUGAGGUUUUGUUCCUUUGACAGUGUAAGUGUUGAAGACUAAAACGUGUUAUUCUGAAAUUACAUUUUGUUUGUGUGAUCACGUUUACACGUGAAACAAAACAUGCUCUUUUUUCUUUCAAUUUUAAAAAAAAUAAAAUUGCUUCUUUCAUUCAGUGAUUGAAGUGAAAACAAGGAUAAACUGAAAACACACACGUAUAAAAUUCAGUAGGCAUGCGCCGAUAUUAAAUUUUCAUCGCACAAAUAAUGAGCUAACAUAUUAUCAUGGAAUAAUUUCCGAUAUUAUUCCAAAAUUGUUUUAAAAAUCUACGACAUACUGUAUAUACAAGUGUUUUUGACAUUCAGAAAUGUUAUAUACACACCGUGAUCAUUUUAUUACUUCUCGUAAAUUGCUCAUUAGCAUCUCAACUUAGAUAUAAACACUUUUUAUUUAAAAUGAUGUAUGAUAUGUAGCUAUAUAUAUUUGUUAUUCCACAAAAUCGAGUCGUACAUGAGCUGAUGGGUGACGAGUCGCGUAGCACCAAGUUGUCUAUAAUCCAUGUACGACAAGAUUGAGUGGCAUAACUGUUUUAUUCUAUCCACAUUCACUGGAUUUUGAGAAAUGGAGCAUUUAAAUUUUUUUGCAAAUUCGAUAAAUAAAAACUUUAGACAAAACGUCUGACAAAAUCAUUUCCGCUUAGAAUGUAAACAAACCGGCACAAUGACAGGAGAAAUUUGUGAAAAAUGCGAUAAUUCUUGAAAGAUAAACAAGAUACGUCCUUAUCAUUAAAUACUUUAAUUCUAUAUUUUGUUGCCUUUUUUUUUUUAAGUUUUGUUUUUGAGUCGAGUUUUUAUUUCACCCUUGGUUGGUUCAGCAACACGCUCCGCCAUUUUGUUUUUCUCAACUCACGCUAUAAGAGCCGAUGUCCUAGUAGUAGAGUAGCCAAUCAGAGCACACGAUUGCUCAUAUCCAUUGACUGUGGAUGGAAUAAAUCCAUAUAUAAUAUGGUUGUGUUUUAUAUAUCUUGAACAUUUUUGUGCAAUGUGAUUUAAAAACAAAAACGAUGCACUUAUCAUGACGUGAAAAUAACAUCGGCACACACCUAGUGAGCAGUGUAACUGUUAGCUCGUCAUUUCUGGUUGUGUGUGUGUGUGUGUGUGUGGUAUUUCCCCCCCAUUAAUGUUUAAAUACAGAGUGAGAAUUAUUAUAUUACGGUACUGUAUCAGUACUUCUUUAUUAAAAUAACACGAGCUCGUUACUCAGAUGUCGAUGCUAAGCUGAUCGUACAGGAUUCCUUCUGGCAUCACCCAUGUUAAUCAAAGCACAAUUUCUAGAAUUAUAAGAAAAUAUUCGAUUUGUUCUUGUUGAGCUAUAAAACUAUAUUUGUGCUGUGGAUGUUAAACAGAAAUAUUCAUAGGUAAUUAAGAGUUUUGUCAGAUUGAUGACUCUUACAUGGAUAUUUGUGGACACUUUUGGGCAGAGUUUAAUGAAUGUAAUGUGCUUUUUUUUUUUUUUUAUUACUCAGAUUAAAUGCCUCAGAUUAAAUAGAAGACGCCUCUUCAUUUUGGUCCUCGAAUAAGCUUAAAGGUGAUUGAUUUAAAGAGUUGAUUCAGAUUUCUGUCAGCCGACUUCGUAUUUUGUACCAAUUUUUUUUUGUUUUAUGAACACAGUGUAACU